CUGAAGGAGUACCAUAAACUGAACUUGUGCGGCCGUGUUCUUUGGGAAAGGCAGAAGACAGUUUGAACCAUGGCAAGCCAGGACUUAAUGGCGAAAAAAAGAGAAUGUCUCCAGGCCUACAGCUGGUGGAGAACACCACAGAAGAAACGGAAGAAAAAGAACAAAAUAAAACCAGCAAGAAUAGAGUUUGUCCCUAGUAGUACUUCAGCCAGACCGGAUUAUUCGAUAUUUGUUGGGGAGCUUACUCCAGAAGUGGAUGAUUUCCAGCUCUAUGACUAUUUCCUAAAGAGGUACCCCUCAUGUAUUGACUGCAAAAUAGCAACAGACCUGCUGGGAUAUUCCAGAGGGUAUGCCUUUGUCAGAUUUGGUGAGCAAGGUGAUCAGAUGAGGGCACUGCAAGACUGCCAGAAUGCACCAGGUCUGGGGGGAAAACGAAUCCGGCUGAGCAUAGGAAUUUCUAAAAGACUGAAAGCAGAAUUCCAGCGGUACCAGUCGUACAACUAUAAUGAUUAUUACCAAGAUUAUCAGAACUACUACUCGCAGUGGAAUUAUGAUGCUUAUGCUGACUACAACUACAGCUCCUAUGCUGCCUAUGAUAGCAUGCAAGCUGUUGGAGACUGCUCUUUAGGAGAUGCUGUUAUGGCUCCAGCUCUUUUUGAGGAAACUUCAGUUAUGACUGAAAUCAAUGAUGACCUAAUAACUGAAGAUCCACAGCUUUACUUGGAUAUUGAUGAAAUGAACAGACAAUUUAUGGAGACAAGUGAAGAACUCUAUGAUUCCCUCAUGAAUUGUCAUUGGCAACCUCUGGAUACGGUCACUUCUGACAUCCCCCCUGCUAUUUAAGUGUCUUAUAUAGCAUGACCGUUAUGACCAAGGUGCUAAAAUUACAUUUCUUCUACAUUACUCUAGAUCAUAAGUUUUAAAGCACAAUGAUAGGUUGGGUUUUUUUUGCUAUGCUUUUGACAGUUUCUGUAAUCUUUUUUUGUCCAUCACUCUAAUCUUGGGGCAUCUUGAAAUCAUGUAAAUAUUCUAGAAAUGUAAAGAGUUCAAUGGGGUCUAAAGAUAGACUUGCCUGUGUAAAUAAAAUUUUGUUUCUGCAAA